GGAUUCACUUCAUAUACAAUUUUUUUGUCGUUGGUUUAACUUCUGUUUUUGGUUUAUUCACAAACUAAUAGUCUAUAAAUUUGUUGUAUUCUCUAAACAGUGAACGACAGCAAGAUUCCAAAGCUACCGAUUUUAAAAUCUACCCGUAAAUAGUCUUAUAAUCAUAGAUUUUGAGAAUAUUCGAAAAAUGGCGCCUGUGAUGAAACUCCGAAAUCCUUUCCUCAACUUCCUAGACGUUUAUCGACGAAAACACUCUCAUAUGAAUAUGGUCACGGCUGCAAAGGCCGGUGCUCAACGCUGGCGUCAUCUCACGGAUGAACAGAGAUCAAAGUUCAGGCGAAAUGUUGAUAGGGAUUGCCAUGGGAGUGGCUUAGACUCAAGAAAGAGGAAGAGGGGAAACCCUGGCCCCAUUACCAAUAAUGGAUAUCUGAAUUUUAUACGAAAAUUCCGCCAGAGGAACAAGGCAUUGGACCUCAAGCCGCAGGAUGUGAUACGACAGGCGGCCAAGGCCUGGCGCCGACUUGGCGAUGCGAACAAAACUCUUUACCGUCUUCACGCUUGCAAACAGGCCAUGAGACGUCAAACUCUAAAGAAGCGCUUAUAAAUGGUGGAGGAGGAGGAGAAGCCAUCACUUAAAUCCGAUUGUUCCAUUUUGUGUGUUUUAAUUCCACGAUGGUUCGGACUUUAAGGCAGAGGGGGGGUGGGGGGGGACGGAAAUGUGAUUGAAACAUGCCACUUAACAUCUAAAUUCAUGUAUUGGACAAAAAAUAUAUAUAUAUUAAAGUAUUAGUAAAUGUACCACUCCUA